CCCAAAAUGGCCUCCAUCGCUCUCAAAUCCUUCGUCGGCCUCCGCCGCCACUCCGCCGUCGAAAGCCCCAACUUCACCUCCCAGUCCAAACCCAUCUCCUCGUUCCCAUCAACUCCCCGAACUUUCCGCGUCCUCGCCGCCAAAACCAGCCCGAAAGUCGCGGGCCGGAACCUCCGGGUCGCCGUCAUAGGCGGUGGCCCCGCCGGCGGAGCCGCCGCCGAGACGCUGGCCAAAGGCGGCGUCGAGACGUUUCUCAUCGAGCGGAAAAUGGACAACUGCAAGCCCUGCGGCGGAGCCAUCCCGCUUUGCAUGGUGGGGGAGUUUGACCUGCCGUUGGAUAUCAUUGACCGCCGCGUCACCAAGAUGAAGAUGAUAUCGCCGUCCAACGUGGCGGUGGAUAUCGGGCAGACGCUGAAGCCGCACGAGUAUAUUGGGAUGGUGCGGCGCGAAGUGCUGGAUAAUUACUUGAGGAAUAGGGCGAGUGAGAAUGGGGCCAAUGUGAUUAACGGGCUGUUUUUGAAGAUGGAUAGUCCGGUAAAGGGAGAUGGGACGUCGCCGUAUGUGUUGCAUUACACCGAGUAUGACGGCAAGGCCGGCGGGGUUGGUGUCAAGAAGACUUUGGAGGUUGAUGCUGUGAUUGGAGCCGAUGGGGCUAAUUCUAGAGUGGCCAAGUCUAUUGAUGCUGGUGAUUAUGAGUACGCCAUUGCGUUUCAGGAGAGGAUCAAGAUCCCUGAUGACAAAAUGGUGUACUACGAGAACUUGGCAGAGAUGUAUGUAGGUGAUGAUGUGUCACCGGACUUUUACGGGUGGGUGUUCCCAAAGUGUGAUCAUGUGGCAGUGGGAACAGGCACUGUGACUCACAAAGGAGACAUCAAGAAGUUCCAGCUAGCAACAAGAAACCGUGCCAAGGACAAGAUUUUAGGCGGAAAGAUUCUACGAGUGGAGGCACAUCCGAUCCCUGAGCACCCCCGCCCACGAAGGCUAGCGGGGAGAGUGGCGCUAGUCGGUGAUGCAGCCGGGUAUGUGACUAAAUGCUCGGGUGAAGGUAUCUACUUUGCAGCAAAGAGUGGAAGGAUGUGCGCAGAAGCGAUAGUUGAGGGAUCAGAGAAUGGGAAGAGGAUGAUAAACGAAGGAGAUUUGAGGAACUAUUUGGAGAAGUGGGACAAGACUUACUGGCCGACUUACAAGGUGCUCGAUAUCUUACAGAAGGUGUUUUACAGGUCGAACCCGGCGAGAGAAGCGUUUGUGGAGAUGUGUGCAGAUGAGUAUGUGCAGAAGAUGACCUUCGAUAGUUAUUUGUACAAAAGGGUGGUGCCUGGGAACCCAUGGGAGGAUUUGAAGUUGGCUGUGAACACCAUUGGGAGCUUGGUUAGGGCUAAUGCACUUAAGCAAGAGAUGGAAAAAAUUGGUGCUUAGAAAGCAGGCAUUGAAAUUUGUCUAAAUUUUUUCCGGUCUUAUGUAAUAAGUACAAUCUCAUUGGAACCAAGAUUGAGUGUAAUUUUAUAUUGUAUUACAGAGACUCAGAGAAUUUGUAGUUAUAAUGUAUGUGGUAAUGAAUUGUUUUGGUAUGCGAGUAAGAGGGUGUAUUUGUA